GACACCAUGUCCCUCCCCAACGUCCUGUCCGAGGACAACUUCUCCUGCUCCGUCUGCCUGGGGGUCUUCAGCAACCCGGUGUCCAUUCCGUGCGGCCACAGCUUCUGCAUGACCUGCAUCACCUCGUACUGGGACGACCGCGGAGCGCCGUGCCUCUGCCCGCUGUGCAAGGUGAACUUCGCCGGCCGACCCGAAGUCCAGAUCAACCACACGCUCAGAGAUAUCACCGAGCGCUUCAGGCUCCUGGCCGAAACGCCGGACGUUUCCCCGAAUCCCUUCGUCAGUUCACCCAGGACCGGCAGGUCCCCGUUUCAUAGGGCGAUAUCCAGCGUGGAUUCCGUGGAGCCACUGGCGCCGCCGAAGUACGAGUUCGGUCAGAGGAGGAUCAGCUCCAUCCCGUUCCUCAGGGCGAACCAAUCGAGCGGCCCGCCGUGCAGCAAGCACGGCCAGAGCCUGAAGCUCUUCUGCAAAAACGACCACGUGUGCAUUUGUGCCCUGUGCGCCCAGAGCGAGCACAACGGGCACAUGGUGGUGCAGGCGGAGCGUGAGAUGAGAAUCAUGAAGUCUCACGUGGGGAUCGUGGAGACGGAGGUGCUGAGUUUGAUCACGGAGAGAGAGAUGAAGGUUCAGGAGAUCCAAACAUCGAUGGGAAAAAUUCAGGGGAGCUCUCAGCAGGAGGCCGAGGGGAUGGUCAGGAUGUUCCGUACAAUGAUCAGUGAUCUGGAGAGGUCUCAGGUUGACCUGCUGAAGGUGGUGGAGCAGGGUCGCGCCACCACAGAACUUCGAUCUCAGACGUAUAUCCGAGAGCUUCAGCUGGAGAUAGCAGAACUGAGGAGGAGAAGCAGCAGCCUGACGGAGCUCGCCCAGUCCUCCGACCCCUUCACCUUCUUCCAGAGGCUUCCAACAGUCGGUACUCAGCCUGUGAUGAAGAGCUGGAAGGACGUGACCCUCACCCCUGACCCCACAGCCGCAUCAGCAAUGAUAAGUGUUACUCAGAUGAUGGAGAACAUGAAGAAUGAACUGAGCAACCUACCACAAAUCUGCGUGCGCGCGCCUCCCCAGUCUAUCGCCCCGCCUACAUCACAAACAACGAACCUGCAGGAAUAUGCACUGGACGUAACGCUGGACGGAAAAACUGCCCACCCGAGACUGGUCAUCUCCGAUGACUGUAAGGAGGUGUGCUGCAAAGACCGCAUGCAACCAUUUACUGACACUCCAGCGCGUUUCAACCGCGUGGUCUGCGUCCUCGGCAAUCAGAGCAUAAGUUCGGGGCGCCAUUACUGGGAGGUCAAGGUCAACACGAAGACGGACUGGGACCUGGGCGUGGUUAGUCGCUCCAGCAAUCGAAAGGGAAAGAUCGCCGUCAGCCCGGCUAACGGCUACUGGUUCCUGAGCCUGCGCAAAAAGGCCGAGUACUCCAUUCGAACCGAGCCGCCUACGAUGCUCUCCCUGCACCCCAGGCCUCAGAAGAUCGGGAUCUACGUCGACUACGAGAAAGGCCAAGUGUCUUUCUUUAAUGCCGAUAUCAUGGCGCUCAUUCACACCUACAUGGCCACGUUUAUUGACACAUUACAUCCGUUCUUCAGCCCCUGCACCAACAAAUCAUACAAAAACGAGGCCCCGCUCAUCAUAUGUUCUGUCAGACCACCCCAGUGA